AUGUUACUCGGUGAAAAUUUAUAUGCUACCAACUCCUUGGCAUCUCCUUUGGAUGUCUUGCCUUCUUCUAAUGACGAGUAUAUUCUCCAAGAGGCCCCAAGGCUCGAGAAUUCCGACUUGUUAUUAGAAACUUUGGAUUUGAAUUUGAUGAAAGAUGAUGGAGCUUCUUCUCCAGUUUCCCCUAUUGUCGACGAACAGCUGACUCCCUUUGUUGUCAAUGGUGAUGUUUUCGAUUCUGUUUUCAAGAAUAACGAGUCGCCCCUAUCAUCGGACUCGUCUGAGUCUUACGAUUCAGACCUUAACGGCCUGUUUGGUUUGAAUGAUGGCGUUCCUUGCAAGAGUCUUGAUGAUGAUGACAUUUUCAAAGCUCUUGACUUCGAUGCUGAUUUGGAAACAAGAAGUAAAUCGUCUGGCCCAUUGAUGGUUACCACAACGUCACCUUCUAUUAUUAUGGAAUCGCCAGGCCCAUCCAAGAGAUCCUACUCCACUGCGGACUUGGACUCAGGCUCUUCUGAUAACAAGCGUCAGCAAACUGCAUCUCAAACUAAGGAUAAACUAGGAUGCACUCCUUAUACUAGAAAGCAAAGAUCUAGUCCUUUGCCUCCUGUUGUUCCAAAGGGUGAAGAUAGCGCCUCCUUAAAGAGAGCUAGAAAUACCGAAGCUGCUAGAAGAAGUAGAGCAAGAAAGAUGGAGAGAAUGUCCCAGUUGGAGAACAAAUGUGAAGGUCUAAUCAAGGAAAAUGAGUCUUUGAAGGCUCAACUAGAACAUUUAAAGAAGUUGCUAGAUUCCAAAGUUUGA